AUGCGUGGAGAGGAGGGAAGAGAGAGAGAGAGGGGGGGGGAAGAGAGGUGGGGAGAUAUAGAGGCAGACAGGUCACUAUACUUGCCACGCACUGUUGAUUUUUGUCCACACCCGACUCCAUAUAAAGUCCUCGGUCAUUUCCCUCCCAAAAAAACCAUCGUCAUGGCCCCAAAUAUCCUUUCGAAGAUGUUCAAACGCAAGAAAGAGAAGCCCCCGGGUAAUCCACCGAAGGAAUGGUCACCAAAUGCAAUAGGAAUCUCUGAUUCCACUUGCGAGAUCAACGGCGAUAUAUUCAAUCCGUGGAAACUCCCUGUACCUCUACCCCAAUACCAUAUAGGCAAGAUUGGCGCUCGGCGACGCAGUCCGCAAAACCAGAGUGGUUUCUUUCGGCUACCGAAUGAGAUAAGAAGGAUGAUAUACCUCGAGCUCAUGGGCGACCGACGAGUACAUAUUCGACAUGUCUGGAAGGAACCUUCGUCGUUCGUGCCGAAGCCAAAACGCAAGGGGCCUCGAUGGGACUGGUGGCAUUGCGUUUGUGGUAAAUCCAAUAGGUUUCCAAAGGACCUCAAUUUCGAUUCUUGUGGAGACUGGAGAGAUGAGGCGGCCGAGGAGACGAAAGAGCUGAAGAUCAAGGGCGUGGAAUGGUUGAGGAGUUGUCAAAUUGGCUAUGAGGAAGCAUUGCAGGUUCUUUACGGGACAAACGUCUUUGCAAUGAAGAAAGCACUGAAUGCUCCUUUUCUUAUUUCGAAAAAAAUCUCACCUCGAUGUACAACGCAGAUGACCUCGAUGGAUAUCUCUAUUCCGACCUCCUUCCCGUGUCCGCAAAGCACCGAAGAUAAUUAUAUGACGACAUACUGUGCCCUUUUCGAUUUACUUCUUGACGCAUUUCGCGGUGUACAUUUCUUGCGAUUGGAGCUCCGCAUGCCGCCAUUUGAUCAAUUUGUCGAGUUCUUCAAUGAGGAGCGGACGAAGGCCAUUCUUGACCCAAUGGAUCAACUAUCGAAAAGCCGAUCUUGGACCAAGCUACAACUUUGCGUCCCGUGCGAUUGGUACACGCAUUUUGAUAAGUCCAAAGAAACGAUGGCUUGGCAAGCUGAAUGGCAACUCACGGAAACUGAAUGGUCUCAGCAAUUACUAUCUGUUUGUAUUGGCAUGACCUAG